ACUGCCUCCCAUCUAAAAUCUUGUUUAUAAGCAGAGAGCGCAGCCAACAUGGCGCUCAGCUCCCAGUUCUGGCCUCUUCUAACCUUGCUCUGCGUAGGAUUCCUUCUUGUCCUCCUGUCACCUGUGAAUGGUAAAGAGUGUCCUCGUUUGUGCGUAUGUGAGAUCCGCCCUUGGUUUACUCCCCAGUCGACCUACAAGGAGGCGACUACGGUGGACUGCAAUGACUUGAGGCUGACGCACAUCCCAACCAACCUGUCAGCAAACACUCAGGUGCUGCUGCUUCAAAGCAACGCCAUUUCUCGCACCGGUGGAGAACUGCAGGCUCUGUUCAACCUGACAGAACUGGAUCUGUCCCAGAAUAACUUCACCAGAGUAGAAGCUGUGGGCCUCAGGAACAUGAACCAUCUGACAACGCUGCAUCUGGAGGAGAACCACAUAAAUGAGCUACCGGACCACUGCCUGGGAAACCUCUCCAACCUGCAAGAGCUCUAUAUUAACCACAACCAGAUCAGCUCCAUCUCCCCAAGAGCAUUUGCAGGCCUGAGCAGUCUGCUGAGGCUCCACCUCAACUCAAACAGGCUUCAUGUGAUAGACAGCCGCUGGUUUGAAGAAACACCUAAUCUUGAGAUCCUCAUGAUUGGGGAGAACCCAGUUAUUGGCCUUCUGGACAUGAACUUUAAGCCCCUUGGAAAUCUGAGGAGUCUGGUUCUAGCAGGCAUGGAUCUCACGAACGUUCCAGCAAAUGCGUUUGUAGGUUUGGAUAACUUGGAAAGCAUUUCAUUCUAUGACAACAAGUUGGUCAGAAUCCCCCAACUGGCUCUUCAAAAAGUUCCCAAUCUGAAAUUCUUAGAUCUAAACAAAAACCCUGUUAAAAAAAUCCAGGAAGGAGACUUCAGAAACAUGCUGCAUCUUAAGGAGUUAGGCAUCAACAAUAUGAUGGAGUUGGUGUCUAUUGAUCGGUAUGCUCUGGACAAUCUGCCAGAACUGACAAAACUGGAGGCAACCAACAACCUGAAACUUUCGUACGUCCACAGGCUUGCAUUCAGGGACAUGCAGUCCCUCGAAAGCCUGAUGCUCAACAACAAUGCUCUCACUGCUCUUUACCAGCACACGGUGGAGGUGUUGCCCAACCUGCGGGAGAUCAGCAUUCACAGCAAUCCGUUGCGCUGCGACUGUGUGAUUCAGUGGAUGAGUUCCAACCGGUCCACGGUGCGUUUCAUGGAGCCUCUGGCCAUGCUUUGCACCUCCCCACCAGAACUCAGAGGCCAGCGAGUCCGACAAUUACAGCUGAUAGAGUCCCCGGAGCAGUGUCUCCCCCUAAUAUCUCAUGACACCUUCCCCAGCCAUUUGAACCUCGAGCUGGGAGUGAGCGUCAGCCUAGACUGCCGGGCAAUUGCUGAACCAGAACCUGACAUUUACUGGGUGACACCUCUGGGUAACAAAAUCACAACAGACACUAUGUCUGAGCGGUACCACUUAAGCAGCGAGGGAACUCUGCAUCUGUCUCAUGUGCAAGUGGAAGAUUCUGGUCGUUACACCUGCGUAGCGCAGAACGCUGAAGGCGCAGACACUUGGGUCACCUCAAUCCGCGUAAAUGGGACUCUGCUCGACAGCGCACAGGUGAUGAAUAUCUACGUCAAGCAGACAGAGUCCCAUUCUAUCUUGGUGUCCUGGAAAGUCAACUCCAACGUCUUGUCCUCCAACCUGAAGUGGGCCUCUGCCACGAUGAAGAUCGACAACCCGCACAUCACCUACACAGCUCGUGUUCCGGUUGACGUGCAUGAGUACAACCUCACGCAUCUCCAACCGGCAACAGAGUACGAAGUAUGUCUCACAGUCUCCAACAUCCACCUGCAGACACACAAGUCUUGCGUCAACGUGACGACACGCAGCGCCACCUUCUCACUGGACCUGUCAGACCAGCACCCGAGCGUGGCCGUGUUAGCGGCCAUGUCAGCCAUGCUGGCCUUCAUUAGUCUGGCCACUGUCGGCGUUUACAUGGCCCGCAGAUGGAAAAGAAAAAAUUACCACCACUCCCUGAAAAAAUACAUGCUAAAGACCUCCUCCAUCCCCCUUAAUGAGCUCUAUCCCCCACUUAUUAACCUGUGGGAGACUGAUGGCGAGAAGGACAAAGAAGGCAGCGCAGAGGGGAAGCCUUCUCCUGUCGACACCACACGUAGUUAUUAUAUGUGGUGAGGACACACACUGACAGAGGUCCACGUCCUCUCCAGCAGCACAAGACACUCUUUUGCCAUUUUGGUGCAAAAGUCGAGCAAAGUUGCAAACGUUUUUUUUGUAUUAUCAGCUUUGCUAAUGACAAGCAGAGUGAUCGA